AUGUAUAGACAGAUAUUAGUUGAUAAGGAGCAAACCUCACUGCAAAGCAUUUUGUGGCGGAAAGAUCCGAAGGACAAGUUACAUGAAUUUGAUUUACUUACUGUAACCUAUGGUAAAAAGCCUGUGUCAUUUUUGGCUGUAAAAUAUUUGCAUCAGUUAGCCGAAAUCGAAAGAGUAAAUUAUCCUAGAGCAGCUGAAGUAGUUUGUAACAAUUUCUCUAUGGAUGAUCUAUUAACAGAGAGUAAUACAAGCGAAGAAAUUCUACUUUUAAAAGAAUUAAUAGAGUUGUUAGGAAAGGGAGGAUUUAAGUUGCACAAAUGGAAAAGUAACGUAGAGGUAGCAAAGGAUAAUAAGCAUUUUAAAAAUGACAGCGUAGACAUUACUAAGGAGGAAGGGUCAAAAUUGUUAGGAGUAUUAUGGAAACCGCACAAGGAUAUAUUUCAAUACGAAGUAGCUCCAAUAGAGAUAGAUCAGCAUGUAACAAAGAGGAAAGUACUAUCACAAACUUGUAAAUUGUUUGAUCCGUUAGGUUUAGUAGGACUAGUAAUAACGUUAGCGAAGAUUUUAAUGCAAAGCAUGUGGAAUUCAGGAGUCAAAUGGGACGAAUCUGUGCCUAUGCAUAUUCAUAGAGAGUGGGAGCGAAUAAGGUCACAAUUACAUGUACUCAAUGAGUUACAGAUUCCGAGAUUGAUUGUAUCGGGAUAA